AACGUUUCCUGAAGCCUAACCUCUCCGCGGAAUAGCCAAAAAUAGACUCGGACGUCAGCUAUUAGCGUACCUAGGUACUAUGUACGCCGCAACAGUUGUUCACUAGGCCAUAGCUCAACAAGCUCGACAGUCCAUAGGGCUGCGGACCGACGAUCAUUGCCGUGUGGGGAGGAGCUGUAAACGGACGGGGCUACAUUCCAAGCUCUAAGCUCCAAGUUCCAAGAUCACCAUACGAUGAUGUGGUAGUUCCGCGGCCACCCACACAAAGAAAGUCCGGGGUUGGGGAAAUACGAACAUGAGCCUCACAGUCCCGCCGCUACAUCUUAGAUCCUCUCGAUGGAUCUCUCGGGAUUAUCCCCCCGUCAUGUGACUAUGGAAAGACGAACGAAAGACCCGCUACGUCAAUACGAGCUUUGACAACUGGAUCUCUUUCAUGACUUUUGAGUCGAAUGGGGUAUAGCGAAGCUUACUCAACUUACCGAUAGGUCGGUGUUGCGGAAACAGUUAGAUAUCAUGAUGAUGAUGGCUGUAGAGAAUUUCUGUAUAAAAGGCUGGCAAACCUUCCUGCCAAUAUGCAUUUAUCUCAUCACCAUCACCAUCACCACCACCAGAAUAAUUUAAUGAAGCACUUCCUCCGCCCAUCUACCUAAAGUAAUAACUACAACACUUUAAUCGUAAUACCUGAAAAACUUUAAACCACCACCAAAAUGAAGUUCGUCAGCUCCAUCAUCGCCACCCUCUUCGCCACCGCCACCGUCACGGCCGCACCCACCCCCUCGCCCGAAGCGCAGUCCGCAGUCGCCGACGUGCCGCAGUGGACGAUCGAGGGGCUGCAGCACGUGUGCGACGCGGGGGACAACCAGUGCACGUGGAGCUUCAAGAUCAACACGCACCUGGCGGACGCGACGCCCUGCGCGUUCACCGUCAAGCGCAGCGCCAGCCUCCCGGCCAGCCAGACGGACACCAGCGGCAACGUCUGCGGACCCUUCACGGUGGGCGCCGGCUGGAGCGGCCAGUUCGGCCCCGGAAACGGGUUCACCACCUUCAGCGUCGUGGACUCCGCGAAGCAGCUCAUCGCCUGGCCCGCGUACACCGAUAAGCAGCUCGAGGGCGGCAAGGUCGUGUCCCCCGAUCUGAGCUGGCCUGUUACUAGCCUCCAGUUCUAGGCUACCUGCCUGAUUAAUAGGAUAUGACAGAGAGAGAGAGAGAGAGAGAGAUCCCGGAGAUGGGAAUAGGCAAGGCGCAAAAGUUAUGAGGUUCAAGGCGAGGAACCAGGGCAAUGAGGCUUAUGAUAUGAUAUGUUUUAACACAGCAAUGUAAUUGUUCAAUGUUAAUAGCACGGCGUCACUGGGACUUGCAUAUAGGAGGUUUGGAUACACUAAAAUCAAGUCACUCCUUUUUCCAUACCAACUUGUAGUUCCUCAAGGCUUAUUUAUGUGAAUGAAUUUUCCC